AUGGAAGAGGAUUAUAUUCUUGGUGACGACCUUCCGCUGCCUCCUGCGCGGCUCUUUGAGCGCCUGGCACUGCUACCAGGUUACAUAUGGGACCAGGCGAUCGAGCCGAUCCAUUCGACGUAUGAUAACUGGUAUGUCGCGGGAAUACGCCAGACCUCUGACCAUGACAUCUCCACGCCGACCGCGACGUCUUCGGGGACGCCCAGUACAACGCGAGAUUCUCCGCGGAUAGAUUCUCGGCCCCCAUUCCGUCACCAUUGGCGAAGUAGCCUCAGUGAAUCGAGCAGCGAACUUUCCUCCCUACGCACCGAACAAGAGCCGACCUUCCUUCCCGUCGUAGCCCGUGUUUCGUCCCAUGUCGUUCGCCUCGAAAGGGAGUUUCACAUGUUGCGUACAAUUGUUCAGGUUUCUGAUCCCGAUUGCAAUCAUACCGUUCGCCCUGUGGAUAUUGUGAGACUCCCGCCUGAGCCCGGCGACCCCGGUCCUCUCCUUGUAUCCAUAUAUGAGUCGCCCGAAACACCUGGUACCAAUUCCCUCAAGGAUCUCGUCGCUUUCGGUCCCGCCUGGUUCAGUUUUGGCACCGGCACCUUUAGCGAAAGUAGCAGCAACACGACCCCGGGAGAGCAGGCCUCGUUAUCCGUGUUUUUAGAUUUCGCUAUAGGUGCCUGCGACUGCUUGGAAAUCUUGCACUAUGGGUUGAAAACUAUACAUGGCGAGAUCCGUCCGGAUGCUUUCCAUUUCAAUCGCUGUAACGGAAAAGUCAAAUUGGUGAACAUGGGAAACGGUGCGAGGUCUUUUGACAAUGCGCUGGGCGAAGGCUGGUCGGCAUUAUCACGCGAGGUGGGCGUGAAAACGAAAUUACAGUUCAUUGCUCCAGAACAAACUGGGCGCAUGCCCACAGAACCAGAUAGUCGAACCGACAUUUAUGCCUUGGGGGUCCUGUUCUGGAUCAUCCUCGUAGGCAAACCGGCAUUCACUGGCAGCACUCCGAUGGACGUGGUACAGAAUGUCCUUGGCAGAAAAUUACCGCCGGUCUCUUCGAAGCGCAUGGACAUUCCAGAUGCUGUUUCUGCUGUUAUUGCGAAGAUGACCCAGAAAGGCCUUCUUGACCGAUACCACACCAUUACAGCCGUGAAGAAGGAUCUCGAGCAGAUCGUGAAGCUGCUUGGAAAUGGAGACUUCAAUGCGCUAAAGAAUUUCGAAGUUGCUAAAAAUGAUGUUUCCUCGUUCUUCACUCUUCCGUCUCAGAUGUUUGGUAGGGAGGAAGAGUUCCAGAAGAUAAUGAACAUUGCAGAGAAAGUUCAUCGCCGGCAACAAGCUCUGUAUGCCAAGAUGGUCGCUCAGGCGAAUCUCAGUGCAUUUGGCGGCUCGGCGUCAUCUAUAUCUGAAAGUCGAAUAGAUAGUUUUGACUUUGGCGAAGGAUCGAGUGACUCUGGCUCCUUGAACUAUGUUCCUUCAAGACACAACUCAACCGCGGGCCCACUUGCCCUUAAUCACGUACCUACUCGCGACUCUGUGCACAGUACUGAAUCCUCUCUAUCGACUCAAAGAGGGUUUGGCCCGAUGCAUCGAACAAAAGGUUCUUCUUCUGCAGAUCAUAGGAGCCUCGGUGAUAGCGGCGACCGAGACUCUACUCAUCUCUCCGCGAACACCGGCCUCAGCCCCAUGGAAACAUUGAACCCUAUGAGUCGGCACAGAGCCGCUAACAAGGUCAGGCGUAGUGGGCACUGCGAGGUUAUCACAAUAACUGGAAAUCCUGGUAUUGGCAAGACCGAUCUCAUCCAACGCGUGCAGCCAGCUAUUCGAAAACUCGGGUAUAUCGGGGUAGCACGACUUGAUCGCGCUAGAAGGAUCCCUUUUGAACCCUUUGCCAAAAUCUUGGCUAGUCUUCUACGCCAAAUAUUCUCUGAGCGAGACGUCACUACAGAGUAUCAUAACAACCUCCGUUCUUUUCUUCGGCCACUUUGGCCAACCCUCCACCAGGUGCUCGAUCUGCCAGAGCAGUUGAUAUCAAAUGACCAGAAGGACAAACCUAUUUCCCCGAAGAUGGGCGUUGCGCAACAUAUUUUGAAGGAAAACUCCAAAACCGAAAUCCCCAAGCGGCCCAGCUUCCUUCACGGGACAGUCCCGGCAGAUAUAUUUACUUCAAGCUCAUCUAACAAGACGAUGCGCUUAAUGGAGAUGUAUCUGGAAAUUCUCCGUCAUUUGUGCUCUCAGAAACUCAUCUGUGUUUGCUUGGACGAUCUUCAAUAUGCAGAUGACGAGUCAUCAGACUUGAUAGGCAAUAUCUGCAAGACAAGAAUUCCCUGUUUACUUAUUCUUGCUGCACGCAAGCAGGAAAUUGAGUCGCGUGACAUGCUAACUCUAUUCAAUGCGGAAACCCCGAGCAUCACCAAAAUCGAGCUACACCCUCUUUCUGAAGAAGAUGUUGCAAGAUUCGUAUCGGCUACAAUGCAACUGGAACCGGAUCCUCGACAAACUCCACUCUCCGUCGUGGUAAUUGAGAAAAGUCAAGGAAACCCCUUCUUUAUGCGCAUGAUGCUUGAAACCUGUUAUCGGAAGAAUUGCAUCUGGUAUUCUUGGAAGAAUAGCAGAUGGGAGUUUGAUAUCGAUCGCAUAUUUACAGAAUUUGUCUCACCCGAGUACGGCGACAGCUUGGGGACGGAUUUCAUUUUGAAGAGAUUCCAAGAGUUUCCUCCGUCUGCUUUGGCAAUUCUCGUUUGGGCAGCCUUCCUUGGAAGUCCGUUCUCAUUUUCGCUCAUACAGAGACUAAUGGAGGGAGAGUUCUGGUACGAUGAUGGUGAUGGUAUCAAAUGCAAUCUUACGCCUUUAUCGAAGGCAUUUGCGCCUCGUUCUGAAGCUGAAGCUGUUUCUGGGCUUCAAUUCCUUGUACAAGGGUAUAUUGUUUUACCAGGGGACAGUGAUGAUGAGUUUCGAUUCGCACAUGAUCGAUUCGCUCGAGCUGUUGGGACAUUGAGCGAAUGUCACAAUGUCGAGAAGAUGCAUUUUGUCAUUGCUCAAACCAUGAUGAAGUAUUGCACAAGGGAGGGCGAGAUGUACCCCAAGUCGCACCAUAUCUGUCAAUCCACAGACUUGAUCCGGAAACGAGUCAGAAACCGACAUCGUUAUAGGAAGGUUCUUCUGAAUUCUGCGCGGAUUGCAUUAUCUCUUGGCGCCCGACCCACCGCACUUAUGUACUCACGUCACGCUCUUAAGCUGUUACAGCCUAACUGCUGGGAUGCAAAGGCUCCUGAUGUGGAUUACGAGGAGACCUUACAACUCCACAAUUCAACAGCCGAGCUGCUUUCAUACCAAGAAGACAAUAAGGAGGCUCUCACACUUUUGGAGCAGGUAUUCCGACACGCUAGGAGUGCAGCAGAUAAGUCAAGAGGCUGGAUCAUCAAAAGCAAAAUUGCGACUCUCGCUGGAGACUUCAACGGCGCUAUGGACGCUCUACUAUCGUCGUUGGAAGAGCUUGGCAUUCAGAUUCGCCAGCCAACUACAUAUGAACAAUGUGAUAUUGCUUUCAAGGAGCUGAGAGACUAUCUCCAACCCCGAGACUUUGAGACUCUAAUCCUACAACCGAUCAGUCAAGAUCCUAUGGUUACUGCUUUGGGACUUGUGCUUGCGGAAGCCAUGGCUGUAGCCUUUUGGGGCGACGACUUGACGUACAUGCAUUUGGGCGUUGAGAUGAUGAGGCUUCAUUUGUUCACAGGCCGUUUUUCGCAAGUGGGCUUGGCUUGUUGUCACCUAGCUAUGGCAGCAUACAGUCGCCAUAAGGAUUUGGAAUUUGCAGCCAGCAUGAGUGACUUGUCCCUCUUGGUCUUCGAGUCUUAUGCAGAACCUUCAUCACGUGGAACUGGGUUCAUACUACAGUCAUUCAUGGUUGAGCAUCUUAGGGUUCCAUUACGCACGAUUCUGCCCUUUAUUGAGACGUCUGUGGAAUAUGCUUUCAACUCAAAUGAUCCGUAUUUGAUGCUCACUAGUUUCGGAUUGAUGGCAGCCACCCGUUUGUAUCUGGGCCAGGAUAUGUCCGAAAUUGAGACCUUUUGCACAGAGACGCCCGAUGAGAUCUUAGAUUGGACGCGGGAUGUUCGGGCAGGAGUGCUUCUCAUAGCUGUCAAGCAAGUAACACGAGCACUACAAGGCAAAACUUCGUGGAGGAACCCCGAUCUCAUCAUGACGGACGAUCAGCACAGUACUAUUGAAUACAUGGAACAUGUGUGUCGGCAUUCUAUGCGAGCAGAUCGCCCUUACAAUAUCUACUGGAGUUAUGCCAUGAUCCCCCUCUAUGCCUACGGCCACUAUGACAAGAUUAUUGAGCUCGGUACUGGCAUGAUGGAGAGCAUUGAACGACUCUGGUGCAUGAGAGUAUCUCAUCUCACACAUUUCAUCCUCCCGCUUGCCAUUCUUACAAAGCAUAUUGACAAUUCCAACACCGGUGGUUUGGAAGAGUAUAUGCGUCUUGUAUUGAAAUGCAAGGAGAUAAUCGAUUUGAGUCGAAAAGCUUGUGAUGUUAAUUAUGCAAUGUGGGCUUUGCUCAUUGAAGCACUUAUGCAUGAGCAUGAAAAGAAGUUCAAUUCUGCUGUACAAGCUUAUGAAGCUGCUAUUGAUCACUGCGAGGUCCACGGCUUUCCUCUGGAAGAGGCAAUGGCCCUGGAAUUGUACGGUGAUUUCCUUGUUCGAAAAGGCUCAAAACGGCCGGCGAGGGCCAUCAUUAAAGAGGCCAUUGCUGCCUGGACGGGCCUCGGCGCGGUUGGAAAGGCAGAGCAUUUGUCAGAAAAGCAUGAGUGGUUGCUGAAGACAGCUACUGCUCCCAGACACAACGACGCCAGCACACAGACCGUUGACUCUCUUGCUAAUAUUAACCAUGAUACAGCCGUAGCCACACCUGCAGUUCAAACAAAUUUGGAGGAUGAUAGGAAGAAACACUGGUUAGAGAAUUCGGGCUCUCAUGUUGAAACCGGACCUCUGGAUAUACCAAGUGUUGGGUUGGAUAUUAUCGAUCUGUCAAGUAUUCUUGAGUUCAGUCAAGUGAUGUCUUCAGAACUUCAAAUUGAUAAAUUGCUUACCAAGAUGAUUGAAAUUAUUCUUGAAUCUUGCAGUGGUUCAGAUACAGCUAUCAUUACGACUGAAUUUGAAGAUACCGGGUUCGCAAUUGCGGCUAUCGGCUCCCAGGACGACGGGCAGAAGGCAUUCCUUGACGGACUGCCGUUUUCGGAGAUGGAGGAUAAAAUGGCUCAACAGAUUACUCAUUACACGCUGCGAACCAGACAAGAAGUACUCGUUCAUAAUGUAUUGGAGGACGAGAGAUUUUCCAUUGUUAGCGAAGGAUACAACGCAAGGUAUCCAGCGGGUCGAUCUGUCAUUACGCUGCCAAUCAUACAGGCCAACAAUUUACUUGGUGUCAUUCACAUCGAGGGAAAGCCCAACUCAUUCACUCAACGCAAUGUGGUUGUUCUUCGUCUUCUGUGCAACCAAGUCGGAAUUUCACUCAGCAAUGCUUUCUUGUUCCGAAGAGUGCGUAAAGUAAGUGCUACGAAUGCAGCAAUGGUCGAGUCUCAGAAGCGUGCGUUGGCCCAGGCGCGUGAGGCGGAGCAGAAGGCCAAAAUUGCAGAGGCCGAGGCAAACCAUAACGUCAAAUUGAAGGAAGAUGCAGCAAGAGCAAAGUCCGUAUUCCUUGCCAACGUCUCUCAUGAUCUGAGAACGCCAAUGAAUGGUGUGAUUGGGUUGUCUGAGCUACUGAAGGGCACGAAGCUUGAUAAAGAACAGGAUAACUAUGUAGAGUCAAUCCGAGUUUGUGCGGAUACUUUGCUCACUCUUAUCAACGAUAUCCUGGAUUUCUCGAAACUUGAGGCCGGCAAAAUGAAAAUUUCUACUGUGCCGUUAAGCCUCAAAGAGACAAUUCGUGAGGUGGUUCGAGCUCUGCGGUAUACCCAUCGCGAUCGGGGUCUGGAGACAAUUGAGGAUUUGGAUAAGGUUCCAGAAGACUUGGUCGUCAUGGGCGACCCCGUUCGUCUUCAUCAGAUAUUCAUGAACCUGCUCAGCAAUAGUUACAAGUUCACUCCCAAAGGCUACGUCAAAGUUUCAGCCAUGGUUGUUCGCGAAGGAAAGGGACGAGUGCGCCUAGAGUGUUCUGUCGCAGACACUGGAAUUGGAAUUCCCGAAGAACACAAAUCAAGACUAUUCAGGCCAUUCUCCCAAGCAGACAAUUCUACGGCUCGAUCAUAUGGCGGUAGUGGCUUGGGUCUGAGUAUCUGCAAGGCAAUUAUUGAAGACGUACUUGGAGGAUUGAUCUGGCUCGACUCCACACCCGGAGUGGGUACGACAGUCACAUUCCAGCUUGUAUUUCAGCGAGCCCCCAAGGACUCUGCUGUCACUGCACCAUGGAUGCAAAACUUCAACCAGGCCGACAAACAUGACGUUCCGCGAGUUACGCAAGUUGUGGGACGGGAUCUGACGAUGGUUCCUCGUGAGAAAAUCCGUGUCUGUAUUGCAGAGGACAACCCGAUCAAUCAGAAGAUUGCAGUCAAAUUUGUGCGGGGAUUGGGAUUAGAAUGCGAAGCGUUCAGCGAUGGGCAGCAAGCUGUGGAUGCACUUCGUCAACGUUCAAAGGAAGGACGGCCCUUCCACGUUGUCCUUAUGGAUGUUCAGAUGCCAGUUCUAGACGGCUACGAUGCUACUCGUGAGAUUAGAAAAGAGACGGACCCUAACGUCAACCAAGCGCUUGUGAUUGCGAUGACUGCCAGUGCAAUUGAAGGUGAUCGGGAGAAGUGCUUGGAAGCGGGUAUGAACGACUAUCUUGCUAAGCCAGUACGAUCUUCUGUUCUUAGCGAGAUGUUGGAUCAAUACUUGGCACCUGCUCGUCCGACAAAACUUCGACGACGUCCCGUCACCCGCCAAAGUGGUGAAGAUUCACGUUCUGAUGGGUCUGGAACACCAGGGAGUCAGACAUCAUCGUCUUCGGCUAGUCAGACUAUUGCUCUGACCCCUGAUGAUGAACGAUUACAACAGUCUACCUCUCCAGUUGUUUCACCGCCAGCUCUGCCGUCGCCAGCUGUUUCAUUGCCAGCGAUAUCUCCGCCGACUGAUUCCUCACCAGCAACGCGUACAGAUCAGAUUCCGGAACGGUUGAAACGUUCUGAACAGCAAUCUUCAUCCACUCAACCAAAUAAUAAAUUCUAAUCUUCCCCCCGUGCAGUCGGAAGAAAUGACAUCCUUUAUUUGUUCAUACAUCUUCCGUUCUUCAGACAGAUCCAUUUCUUGUAUAUCCUAUUUUUAAUUUUCUUAUACCAUACUGGGGGAAACGUGACUGGGAUGGCCAAAAAAAUACUUGGAGAUUUCUAACUUAUGCGUGAUUCUUCUCGAUUCACUUUUUAUGAUUUCCGUUUUAUGAUAUCCACACGUACCAUGAUGGUUAUGAUGGCGCCUUGUAUACCUGGAUUUUCUUUUUUCUAAUUUUGACUUGUCAAAAUUGUGCGGUUUGGUGGUUCGUUUCUUCGAAUUUAAUUUAUAGACUAUAUUUCAGGAAUGUGAAAAAUGGGGUAAAUGAUAACUGCGAGAGAUC